CUGGGAGCCAGAGACAGGAGCCAUGCCUCACAGCUCCGACAGCAGCGACUCCAGCAGCUUCAGCCAGUCUCCCCCUCCCAGCAAGCAGGACUCUUCUGAUGACAUGAGGAAAGUCCAAAGGAGGGAGAAGAAUCGCAUUGCUGCCCAGAAGAGCCGCCUGAGGCAGACCCAGAAAGCAGACACUCUGCACUUGGAGAGUGAAGACUUGGAGAGGCAGAAUGCUGCCCUGCGCCGGGAGAUCAAGCAGCUGACGGAGGAGAUGAAGCACUUCGCCUCAGUGCUGAGUUCCCACGAACCGCUCUGCUCCAUCCUAACAUCCCCUCCACCACCUCCUGAAGUGCUUUAUGCCACACACUCCUUCCACCAGCCGCACAUCAGCUCCUCACGCUUCCAGCACUGAGCCAGCCAGCAGGACAGCAGCCUCUGGGCUCUACCCAUGGCAAGAAGCAACUUUGUGGGGCUUGCUUUUCCACCCAAGGGAAAGGGACAGACAGACACCCUUUUUAAAGAGUGUAGUUGCCUGAGACUUGCUCCCCAAGCAGAAAUGGCAGAGCCACCAGGAGACAUCUUCGGGCAGUUUUCAGCUUGGAUCCUAGGAAGAGGAAGCAUUCACAAAAGGGCACCAACCCCCAUCCCCAGUGCUUGCUGGGGCCCUGUGCCAGCGGCUGCUGCAGUGCACAGCAGACAGAGCUCCAGGGAGAGGAAUGGGAGCAGGGGUGAGGGGGAAGGUUGGAAGCCAGAGAGUACCAGA